UCAGCAUAUGUAUACAAUUUGCUUAGACUGGCGCCAAUAUCUAAUCUUUAAUAGGUUAUCGUACACGUGACAAUUUAUUCUUCAAUGUCAAAUAAUGAAAUUAAUAAUCUAUCAAACUAAAUAAUCUUUAAAUGGUUUGAUUAAGUGGACCAAAUGAUACAUUAAGAUCAUGGAAGGAAAAAAUCAGAUAAAAAAAGAUAAUGAUGAAAAUAAUGUUACUGUUCAAAAUACAGUUCCUCUGAUAAAAGAUUUAUUUCAUAUAUAUGAAAAGGUUGGAGAAGGAACUUUCAGUUCUGUGUUUUUAGCCACUUUAAAAUUAUCUGAUGGUUCUAAAAAAUUUGCAUUGAAGUAUUUAGUUCCUACUAGACAUCCUGAAAAAAUUGAGCGAGAAUUACGAUGCAUGCAACAAAUAGGAGGAAAGGAUUAUGUAGUUGGAUUAGAAUUAUGUUUACGAAGCUUUGAAACAGUAGUAUUUGUAAUGCCAUAUAUGAGGCAUGACAAAUUUGCAGAAUAUGUGCAAGAUAUGACUGUACAAGAAACAAAAGAUUAUAUGAUUGCAUUAUUAAGUGCAUUGCGAAGGGUCCACAGAUUUAAUAUUAUACAUAGAGAUGUCAAACCUAGUAAUUUUUUAUAUGAUAGACACAACAAAAGAUAUUUAUUGGUUGAUUUUGGAUUAGCUCAAGAAUAUGUAGUAGAAAAGAAAUCUAACAAUCUUAAAUUACUUAAUUCUGAAGCACAAGUUACUAAACGGAAAAGAUCAGAUGAAAAUAGUUUAAAUGUUUCUUUUAAUACAACAAAAAAAGGUACAGAAGAGAAAUGUUACUGCUUUGGUAAAGCAAAAGUUUGUUCAUUAUGUAUAUCAAGAUCAGAACAGAUAGCUCCAAGAGCUGGAACACCAGGUUUCCGUGCUCCUGAAGUUUUAUUGAAACAUCCGUCUCAAACGCCAGCAGUUGAUAUUUGGGCGAGCGGAGUAAUGAUGUUAUGUAUUCUUAGUGGUACUCAACCAUUCUUUCAUUCUCCAGAUGACUGUACUGCUUUAGCAGAAAUAACAACUAUAUUUGGAUCAAAUAAAAUGCAACAGUGUGCGCGCAAAUUAGGAAAAAAAAUUAUCUUUAGUGAAGAUAUACCAGGCGUUGAUAUUGUGUCUUUAUGUCAGAAAUUACAAAAACGAAAUAAGGGUUUGUUAGAUAGUAAUGAUCGUAACACUUGCGAGAAGGUAUCAUUGGAUGCUCAGUUUCCAAAAGAAGCUUACCAUUUUGUAUUAGGAUUAUUGGAUUUGGACUAUAAAACACGUCUUACUGCAGAUCAAGCUUUAAAUCAUCCAUUUUUGAAAUUAUAACGUAAUUUUUACAUUUAAAAUUUUUUUAUUUUAUAUUUUGAUG